UGCCAGGGCAACGCCAGUGGAGGACGGGCCCCGGGCCCCUCCAGCCAUACCCACGGACCCAACAGACCCAUCAGGGGUGACAGCAGAAAGCACCAGAGAGCAGCCUGUGCAACCGUCAGUGCUAGCUAAUGCCUCCUCCUUAGCCUCCUCCUCAGCCAUCAACAGUGACAAUCAAACAGCAGGAACAACAGACCCUUUGUCUUUAGCCCCUGUAACCAACAGCACCUCAAACAUCAGCCCAGAGGAGGGAGACAGCAGUUUGCCUGCGAACCCAGAUUUACCUACAGUCCCAGUGUCCUCUCUGGCCACAUUGGGGGAGAGCGACGCCAUCCUCCCAGACAAUGUGACUAGUCCUUUCUCCACUCACACAUGGAACACCACUACACCCGCAAGGGCUGACACCAACACCACUACACCAUCCACCACAGCAGCACACACCAACCCAACACCAGACACUGUGACCAAUGACAGUCUACAGCUCACAACUGUGACCACCACAACCGUCACGCCCCUGACCGUGACCACCACAACUGUGACACCCCAGACCAUCACAGCUUCGACCACAGAGGCUGUUACAACCACAACCUGGACCACUACGACCACACAGGAAGUGACCACCCUCCAAGAGACCACAGUGAUGGCAACCACAACUGACCAAACCACGACCACAACCACAACCGUUCCCACUACAACUACAAAUGCACCGACUACCACUUUGACGAUCCCCACCACCACCACUAAAGGAACAACCCCUGGACCGACCACAACUGAACCUACCCCCACCAGUCCUGAAGGGGAGCAUCUACCAUGUAACAUCACUGAGAAGACCUGGGUCAAAACAGUUUUGUCCAUGCAGCUGUGGAGGAACAGGCUUGAUAUCAUGACGAGGCAGAAUCUGUCUAAAGGACUCACCCAUGCUCUACAGAGGGCCUUCAAUGACACCAAUGUUUAUGUCCAGGUUGAACGUGACCUCUGCAGCCCUCAUAAUGUCACUCUUGGGUACUAUGUAGCCAGUGGGAAAACGGUCUACAUAGCAUCUGUGGUGGUGGAGACAAUGAAUGCCUAUGGCUUUGACAAAGUGCUGGCAGACAUCCGGCAGCACAGUCCUCUGGUGAAGGCUGUUCUGCUCCCUGUAGCCCCCUGGGCCUCCAGCCUCAGUGUCCAUCUGCAGCUCAAAACAGUUCUCAGGUUCGUAGGGCCAGAAGACAACGUCAACUCUUGCAGUUUUGUUCAAAUGAUGGAACAACGGCUGGAGAAUGCAUUUGAGGAAGCUCAGGACAAAGUGCUGGAAUCUUACAACGGCCUUUCUGUGGAGAUCCAGAGCACCGCCCAGGUGAUUGGCUCUCCUGCCGUGUCUCUGGUCUACGUGGUGAAGAAUGAGAACGCGGUGCUGAACGGAACCGUCUCCAGCGGUCUCCUGAACCAGCUGACCGCAGAGCUGGUGGGCUACUUCCUCUUCUUCCCCCCGCUCAUCAUCGCUGAGCCACUAGAGUACCACAACCUCAACACAUCCACUGCCACAAAGCACUACUGGGUGAUCACAGUAAUUCAGGAUGUUGACAGCUCAUCUCUGGAGAGGAAUUAUCAGAGCUUUGCUAGUUUAAUGGAGCAGCGGCUGGCUGAGCUGUUUUUGGUGUCUGGGCGUCAGGGGAGUCAGGGGAGCCGCUUUAGAAGGGCCACCACCGUCGGGAGCUACACCGUCCAGAUGGUUGGCAUUCGUCGACUCCCUGGGCCGAAGAACUCAGCCGAAAUGACCUACUAUGCCCAACUGAACGGUGCCCCCAUAACUGGCACCACUGCAGCUAAGACCCUCAGUACCUUGGAUUCCCAAACCAUGGCCCUCACUCUGGGCUACUUUGUCCUGCUCCAAGCUGAUCCUGUGGUAAAGGUCCCGCCUGCCAAUCUGUGGAUCAUGGCUGUGCUGACGCCUGUUGCCCUGGUGAUGGUCGUUGUCGCCAUGGUCACCGCCAUCCUGUGCAAGAGGAACAGGGUCAUCUUCAAGACCAAUGCUUUCAGGAGCUUCAAACCCCGCUCCAAGACAUCCUAUCGGAGGGAGGGCAGUUAUCACCACCAGCAUGUGCAGGGAUUUGACUAUGCCAAGAAGCACAUGGGCCAUCAGCAAGGUGAGGAGACCAUCUCUGUUACCAAGGAGACACUGGUUCUGGGCCUCCCAGUGAGAGAUGCCCCGUUGUCAUUGGACAGGAAGGUGCACCAGGAUGGGACCGCCUCUAAAAGACCUCCUUCUGUUGACAUCAUCCACAAAGGGUAA